UCUAGGGGGAGGGAUUUCAGUGUAACGCCACACGACUAUCAAUAAGAAAGGAUGGUGCUGUGUGCAGUGAGGCAACAACUCCUGAGGAGCAGCGGCAGCUGUGGAGCCUGGGCCAGGCUGCUGCAGAGACAGAGCAGUGGCUGUGUGUAUUCCAGCAUCCAUGGCUUCAACCAGGAGGAGAUCAGAGAGAAACUGCGGGCCUUUCCUGGAGGCUCCAUUGACCUGCUCAAACAAGAGUCUGGCAUCGCUGUGCUGACCAUCAACAACUCCUCUCGCAUGAAUGCCUUCUCUGGUAGUAUGAUGGUGGACCUGGAGGAGAGGGUGAGCCAGCUGGAGAGCUGGACGGAUGGUAAAGGCCUCAUUGUUCAGGGUGCUGCUGGAACUUUCUGCUCUGGAUCAGACCUGAACGCUGUCAGGGCGAUAUCUAACCCACAGGAUGGCAUGAAGAUGUGUAUGUUCAUGCAGAAUGCUCUUACAAGACUACUCAGGCUGCCUCUGAUCUCUGUUGCUCUGGUGGAGGGGAGAGCGCUGGGAGGAGGUGCAGAGCUCACCACUGCCUGCGAUUUCAGGUUAAUGGCACCUGGCAGUGUGAUCCAGUUUGUCCAUAAACACAUGGGCCUGGUCCCGGGCUGGGGAGGCACCGCGCGACUUGUCCGCAUUGUAGGAAGCCAGAAUGCGUUGAAGCUGCUUGGUGGUGCUCUUAAAGUGGCCCCCGAACUUGGCCUGCAGAUUGGACUGGCAGAUGGAGUCCUGGAGGUCCCCCAGGAAGAGGAGGGUGCAGGGACUCUCCUACAGAGGGCUGAAAACUGGCUUAGUCACUAUGCAAAAGGACCUGCCCCGGUGAUCCAGGCUGUGAAAAAGGUAGUGUUGUCAGGGAGAGAGCUCCCUCUGUCAGAGGCUCUGAGGACUGAGAAGGAUGUUUUUGGCACGGUGUGGGGCGGUCCGGCUAACCUGCAGGCCUUGGCCAGCAAGUCCAAACACAAAUGAAUGUCUGUGUCCACUUUCCUAAGAACUUCUCCGAUCAGCCAAGAUGGUCAACCGAGACAUUUUUGGAAAACCCUGUCCAGGUUAAAACUGUCUGGAGGAGAACUGCCACAGACAUCCUCUUGUUUGACAUCAAUAAACUUACUUAGUUUUUUGGUGUGCUGAAGACAUAUGUAUUUUAAUGUAAUAAGCUGAAUGCUGUGUCUACAAUAUGGUCUUUUGCAGUGUAGAGACAUAAACGGUGCAUUCUUUGAUAGUUAGGACUACAAACUGUAUCAUUUCAAUAAAUCACCUGCUUCAUUGCAUCUAAUACACUGAUAGAGAUCACUCAGUGUUAUAUACUUCAAUGGUUGUGAUUUAUUUUGGUUGGUAUCUCUCUUUGUGACAUUAUGCCUACUUAUCACACGAGUAGGAGCCGUGACACUGAUAAUAUGCUUUUGACCACACAUUGGAAACAUAACUCUAAAUUAAUGGCAUAAACUCCUCUGUCCCUUUGGUGUUAUAUUUUACAAACUGAACUCUGCAGCCUCCUGUUUACAGAAAAAUAUGCGUCACUGGUGUUGCAUGCCCUGAGAAAUUAUUAUUACUCUACUACUAUAUUAAUUACUCAUUAAUACUCUGUAGACUGAUUGUGUUUAUUAUUUUGUUUAGAUCUGUUACUGCAAUAAAACAGUGAAUAUGC